AUGGGAGCUGCGGCUAUUUUUGUUUUUGUAUUGGCAAUUACUGCCCAAUCAAUAUAUACUUAUGUGGGAUUGUCUCGUGAAGGUAUAAUUGAACAAGACAAAAAUCCUGAGCACACCUCAAACAUCGGAGUUGAUAUUAAUAAGGAAAACUCAGCAAAGGAAUCACUUGUGAGUAAUUCCCAUUUGUACCAUGGUUCAUCAAUCUUUGGUUUUGGACAUAAUAAAAAAGUCAAGCAACAAUCAGAAGUUGAAGUAAAAUUUUAUAAAGAAAGCCAUUCCGCCAAACAUUGUAGUAUAUAUUCUCAUGUGGGACUGUCUCGUGAAAGUGUAAUUGAACAUGACAAAAAUCCAGAGGACACCUCCAUCAUCAAAGUUGAUAUCAAUAAGGAAAAUUCAGCAAAGGAAUCACCUGUUAGAGAUUAUCAUUUUUAUCAUGGUUUAUCAAGUUUUGGUUUUGGACAAAGUAAAAAAGUCCAGGAACAAUCAGGAGUUGAAGUAAAACUUAAAGAAGAAGGCCAUCCCGCUAAAACAUGUAAUAUAUAUUCUCAUGUGGGAUUGUCUCGUGAAGGUGUAAUUGAACAAGACCAAAAUCCUGAGCACACCUCAAACAUCGAAGUUGAUAUUAAUAAGGAAAACUCAGCAAAGGCAUCACCUGUGAGUGGUUCCCAUUUUUACCAUGGUUUAUCAAACUUUGGUGUUGGAGAAAAUAUAAAAGUAUAUUCUCAUGUGGGAUUGUCUCGUGAAGGUGUAAUUGAACAAGACAAAAAUCCCGAGCACACCUCCAACAUCAAAGUUGAUGAUAUUAAUAAGGAAAACUCAGCAAAGGAAUCACCUGUGAGUGGUUCCAAUUUUUAUCAUGGUUCAUCAAGCUUUAGUUUUGGACAAAAUAAAAAAGUCGAGCAACAAUCAGAAGUUGAAGUAAAAUUCUAUGAAGAAAGCCAUCCCGUCAAAUCAUGUAGUUCUUGA